CUAUUAUAUUUAUUAGCUGGUUUAAGGUGAGAAAUUCACAAGGCAGUUCAAUGUGGUUUCACUGAUAAAAAGGCUCAAUGGCACAAAGUGUUACAAUCUGCAAUCUUCUAUCAUAUGAGAUCAAAAGAGUAGACCUUGAAGAUCUAAAAUCUGAUAACAUUCGUUCAAAAAUCAUAUCUUACUUCUCAGACCUUAAAGAUAAUGAAAGGCUCAAGAUAUACAUACUGUAUCACAGUGGUUUCCUUAGGUCUUUGGGAGAUACAGAUUUCAUCAAGUUUUCAUCUCUGAAAAGCUACAAUGAUAUCAAGCUAGGAUCCAAUGUGAUCAUUUUCGAUCUUUUUUUGAUUGGACAGUCUGUCUUGAAUCAAGAUAGUUUUUCUGCAAAUAAUGUUGUAAAGUUCGGAACUUCUGUACCACUACUUCUUGAAGAAAAACAGGAAGCUCUACAGUUGUUUGCAUUGUUUGCAUCAAAAAUUAGUUGCAGACGUGGAACUUGUCAAGAAUUAGGUCAUAUGGUGACAAGUUGUCUUGAAAACAAGUACAUAGAACGGAACUUGUCCGGAUUUACUUCUGAAACUGCACAUUCAGACUGUGAUGAUGUACUUACUAUAGGGAAAAGACUUGAAACGGUGCAGCCAAAUGAUGACACUCAAGAAAAGAAUAUAGAUAGUCUUAUCAACAUAUGCAAUUCUUUGACAUUAAAAACAUGCAAGGUUCUGAACAGCAAAAUAAAACAGCACAACUAUAAGCCUGAAUGGGCUGAUGUUCUAAAAGAAGAUGAGUUUAUCACUGUUUCCUUAACCAAUCAGUCUCCCCCUAUUAACAUACAAAUUCACUCAAAUGUAUUUCUUUUCAUGGAGCGGUACCAUAGUGGACAUUUUUGCAACAACAACAUACUUUUGGAUGGAGAUUUGAAAAAAAUUGGAAAAGGAGCCUUUGGAAUUGCCUUUAAGUACACUCCUUCAAAUCAAGAGCAGUCUCUGGUUAUCAAAAGGACUGAAACGGAAAAUGAUGCCAGAAAAAAACUCUCAAAACCAUCAUGGUUCAGAGAGGGUCAUCAUACACAGCAACUGUGUCACCCAAAUAUCAUAAGAUAUUUUGGCAAACCUGUUCUGUAUGGAGACCAGUUUUAUUGUUUCAUGGAAUAUGGUGGGCUUUCAUUGGAGGAUAUUUAUUGUAGAGAAUCUGGUUCAGGUAGACGUAUGGACCUGAAUGAUAUAUGUAAAGCUUCCCUCCAAGUGUCAGAUGCCAUCAAAUAUCUUCACACAGAUACUAGAGAGACGUUUGUGAUUCACAGAGAUAUUCGCACUGGCAAUGUCACUCGUAAUGAUAGUGGUGUGUACAAAUUGAUAGAUUUUGGGAUAUCCAGUGAAAAGAAAAUAGAGGAGUGUAGUAAAAUUGACUCAGAUGCGCACUUGGGUCAUCAUUUGUGGAAAUCCCCUGAAUUCUGUUGGAAAAAUAUGAUAACGGAUAAUAACGGUGCUACAGCAGGGAGCCAAGAUGUCACUUUCCCUGAACCUGGAAGAGGAACUGACAUUUGGAUGUUUGGGGUAUUUCUACUUGAGUUAUUUGCCUUUCCGAAUAGACCGUCUUACUUUAAUGAGUUCAGAUCAUAUGGGAAGAGCUUCAUGGAAAGUCUAACAAAAAAGGUGUUCACCAUGGAAAAACCAAUUCAGGAAUGCUUGGACAAGAUUGGUGAUGGUGACACUGACAUCCAAUCAAAGUUCAUGAAUGUUCUCAAGAGUUGUUUAGCAUUUGAUGUGAGCUCUCGAGCUAACUGUGAACAACUUUAUAAAUUGUGCCAGGAGUUGCCAUGUAAUCCUACAAAAACUUGAUUUUUACAUGCUCUCCGUUUUUAUUUAGAUUAAGGUCAAGUUUCAAGUUCUAUGGUAUGAACUAAGCACACGUCACACAGACGGUUAUUGUGUUAACUUAUGAUCUGUACAAUUUACCAUUUCUUGAUUGAAAAAAUAAAUAACCACACUGUGAAUAUGUCUAUAUUGUAAAAAUGCUAAAAGUGGAAAAAAGGAUACGCUACAGUUAUUGAGCCAUAUUUAUGAUUUUGUUGUUUUUUCUUAGCAGGGGUUAGUUAUUCAAUACUAUUCAUGCAGUAAUUUUGAAAUUGGAAAUUCAGAUAUUUAGAACAGUAUUCAGAUGUGCAGGAACUUAAACAAUAAUUUCCAAAUUUUCAUUAAAUAAUAAACUGCAAACUCAUUAUAUAUUUUUUUGUGAUAAUUCCAGCACUGCAGCUCGAAAUAAACUGAAUUUUGUGUUCCAAAAUAUCUUCGUUAAUUUUACGUUUGUAAGAGAAUCACAGAAGUUCCCUGAAUAGAUUAAAUUAUUUGUGCAGACAUGGUUACUUUUCCAUUUUACUUUUAUACCUAAUUGAUACUGAAUUUAAACAGUGAUUUAUUUUGAUUUUUUAUCUUUUAAAAUUGUGUGCGUAGCAAUGCUUUAUUUUUCUCUAAUUUUGUGAUAAUAUCACUGC